GAGGGCGGACCUGUUUCCGGGUGGCGCGUGGGGUUUGAGGCCGCUUUGCUGCCACCAACAUGGAGACUUUGUACCGUGUCCCGUUCUUAGUGCUGGAAUGUCCCAACCUGAAGCUGAAGAAGCCGCCCUGGCUGCACAUGCCGUCGGCCAUGACUGUGUAUGCUCUGGUGGUGGUGUCUUACUUCCUCAUCACCGGAGGAAUAAUUUAUGAUGUUAUUGUUGAACCGCCAAGUGUUGGCUCUAUGACUGAUGAACAUGGGCAUCAGAGGCCAGUAGCUUUCUUGGCCUACAGAGUAAAUGGACAAUAUAUUAUGGAAGGACUUGCAUCCAGCUUCCUGUUUACAAUGGGAGGUUUAGGUUUCAUAAUCCUGGACCGAUCGAAUGCACCAAAUAUCCCAAAACUCAAUAGAUUUCUUCUUCUAUUCAUUGGAUUCGUCUGUGUUCUAUUGAGUUUUUUCAUGGCUAGAGUAUUCAUGAGAAUGAAACUGCCGGGCUAUCUGAUGGGUUAGAGUGCCUUUGAGAAGAAAUCAGUGGAUACUGGAUUUGCUCCUGUCAAGGAAGUUUAAAGGCUGUACCAAUCCUCUAAUGUGAAAUGUGGAAAAGAAUGAAGAGCAGCAGUAAAAGAAAUAUCUAGUGAAUAAGCAGGAAGUAUAUUGAAACUUGGACUAGAAUUCCUUCUUGGUUUAAAGAGACAAGUUGAUCACAGUAUUUUUUUUUUUCCUGCUGACCUGCUAUACCAAUGAUGUUGAGUGGCAUUUUAUUCUUAGUUUUUCAUUUCUUAAAGAAAAUAUACUCCGUAUCUACAACUAUAAUACCAAGUAAAGUGAUUAUUUUUUACAACUCCCUUAACAUUUUUUGGAAAUGACAUUCUGAUUUUCAAAAAUUAACAUAAAAUCAAGAAGCAAGAUUCCAUAAGCUGAGAACUCUGGACAGCUGAUCAGCUUUACCUAUGGUGCUUUGCCUUUAACUAGAGUGUGUGAUGGUAGAUUAUUUCAGAUAUGUAUGUAAGACUGUUUCCUGAACAAUAAGAUGUAUGAAAGGAGCAGAAAUAAAUACUUUUUCUAAUUAA